AUGGUGAAGCCGACGUCGUUUCACACGCUGAUGCGAGGAAGCGGCUCAUUAACUAGGCCGGCUCACAGCCAAGACCACUCAGGGAAGCGCAGCGCAUGGUUUCCACACGCGACAAGCCCUCUCAGGCAGUUGUUGCACCGGCUUGCACAUAAUAGGGGCUCUGUGUCACUCACCAUCGCUGUUACCGUGGUGCUCUUAGUCGCGUCGACCGAGCUGCUAUGGCCGCGUCGCUACGCGCAGUUGCUGGAUGGUCGUAACCUUGCCAUCCCGUACCGCUCCGAAGCCGCAGCGUAUCGAAAAAGCGCUGUGUUUGUGGCGCCACUUCCGCGUGGCAGCGAAAACGUCGUCGCUGGCACCGCAGGAGAAACCGUUCCCGUCACUGUGCAUGGUCGCUCACGCCGUCAAAAAACGCUGGAGGCGGAGAUCGAGGCGUACCUGGAGAGUCACGGCAUCCAUCGCGAGCGCCGCACGCGCGUCCGGUUUCAGAUUCUCUCCAACUUUGUAGACUGGAAGCUGUGCACCGCACUAGGCUCUGCAGCACUGGCAGGCUUCAGCAUUCCCGUAACCGGCUUCAAUAGCACCUACUCGCACAUUCGGCGCUUCGAACGGUAUCUGGACUUUGUCGAGCACGAGGGACUGCACGACGAAGACAUCGUCGUUACAUUGGACAGCGACGUUUUCUGGACUGGCGCCGACUUUCUCCCCUUCCUCAGAAAGUUCGCGCGCUUUUCACCAGAGAAGGAAAGUGACCUAGACGUCGCAGCCGUCCGGGCAUGGGAGGACUAUGGGGAGAAGAAGGCGCCCCUGUACAUGCAGCGCUUGCAGACCGAGAUGGGCAACGGCGCGGCACACGUGAAGCGCCCUUUGCUGCAGAUGUCGCCUGUGGUGUACAACACCGACGACCUGUGCUGGUGGGGCCAGCACUCUGAAAGUUUUGUGCAGUGCCCGCUGGCCUUUGCGACGCUGGACCACAUGAUCGAGGUGGCGCGCAACCACGUUUCGAACAUGGACUUGAGCAAGGUAGGGUCCUACGCGCUCGUGUGCAGCGAUACGCUGCAGGCACAACUCAAGAAGUCCUUCACGGGCAAGCAACAGUGGAUGGUGGACGACUUGCUACGCCACCCGAACGCGGCGUCGCCGUACAUGACGCAAGCGAAGCGGUCUUGCGACGAUCCGCUCUUCUACAACACCACCAUUGUGCGCAAGUCCAACCCAACCGUGCUGCUGAACGGCGGCAUGCACGUGUCACGCGUGUGGGCGCUGCGCUGGCUGGCAAAGACGCUUGCGACGUACGUGGCGACAGAGACGCCGGUGGCGGAGGCGGAGGACCACCACACGUCCCAGUGGUGGUGUGACCAAGCACUUUUGGGGCAAAUGUACGUGCGGGCGCGCCUGUACGAGAUUGAGCACAACCUAUUGGCAGGCCCUCCGCUCUCGAUGAGGACCCCGCCAGUCGCGUACGAUGAUCGUUACGGGCCGCCAGGCCUUGUUGGUCUGGACCGGCGGUCUCAGAUGGUAGUUCUCGCCCCGGCCAUAGAGCGCAAUCCAAACCUGUUCCACCACGGCGGGUACCUGGAGCGGCAGUUCCCGGGUAGCAACCAUUGGUGGAUCUGGAACCAAACCGAGUUACUACUGGGCGAGAACGAGCCCCAGGGUCUCCCACUAGACGAGCUGCAGACAACGCGUGGUGGCGUCCUCGUGACACCGCCGCUGCUGUGGCGCUCGGCGACCGCAGAGGACAGGUCGAGAGGCUUUCAAAAUGAAGCAGAGAAGGACCCCGACGUCGUUCAUGUUCCUUUUAUACACUACGCCGCGCCUUCCAAGCACAAGCGGUUCACAGCUCAUCGCAACUAUUAUGCGUGGAUGGUGGCUGCGCGGCACGACCGCCGGGCACGCGAAUCCCUGACGAACGCUCUUGGGAAGGAGCUGGUGGAGCUGUGGUUCAACGAGGAGCGUGUUUUUGUCAACUUCACACGCAUGUGCGAGGACCCAACUCUCUUGUCUUCGCCGUAG